CAUUUUGUUUGUUAUAUCAUUGAUUCAUUUGUUGUAAUAUAUUAAUUGAUUUUAAUAAUUUUACUUUGUCAGAUCAGCUUGAAAAACAGCUUUCGAAACACAUGAAUCUAUACUAGCAGGAAGUUAAACAAUUUGUCGUAUCUUGCUUCUGUAAAUAUUUGAAUUCUCCCCCACCCAAAAAAAAAUUCAGUUGCCCAUAUUUGGGCAAGUUAGGAAAUAUGCUGGUUCUGUAAUUACACUUGUUGACUUGUAUUUUUGUAAUAAGUAGAAUAUCAUCAUUGGUAUAUUAUAUGACUAAUGUUUUGAACACUCUUUCAUAUCAGAGAACUUAGAUCGAAUGAGGUGCUCAACUGGACCAGAGAUCACAGCAUUGUGACAUUCAUGCCAAAUAGAACAUAUAUUUUUGAUCCAGAAACAUCAUGUGAUGGCUGUGAUGACAAGAAUGACACUUUUUUUACUGUCAAUAUACCACUACUGGUAAUAUAUAGAUUUAGCUAGAGCUAAAAGCAAGCUCCAGUUUAUGCCUUUUAAAUUUACUUGAGACUUUGGACUUUACAGAGUCCAUUAGGAAAUUGAGUAAUAUUUUAAUUCUCAGUGGACAAAAACCUUACACCAGAAUAAUUUAAUGUAUAUUGCAUUCUUUUUUUGGCGUUAUCACCAAAGAAAAUUUCUUAAGUCCAAGAAAAUGAAUCAAAUCUAUAGCCUGGUUUGAAAAUUUCAUGUGUUAAAUGUAAUUUUGUGUCAUUCAUUUUCUCGGGCUCCCAUAAGACAUUUUUUUUGGCGUUAUCACCGAUAACUAAUUAUCUAUAGCCUUUGAAAAAAAAUUUUUUAAAAAGAAUGCGAUAUUGUGUAAAUUAUUCUGGUACAAGGCUUUUGUCCACUGGAAAUUGAAAUUACCCAAUUUCCUAAUGGAUUCUGUCUUAAAACCAUUGCAAAGAAAUCCACAAAUCAAUAGUUAACUUUAGAUGAGAACCAUAUGACUGAAAAACCUACACUUGAGCCUGCAAUCAAUUAAAAGCUAAUUACUGGUCAGCACGAAAAAACACAUGACCUCGAUGAGUUGUCACUUGAGCCCAUAAAUAUGAUAAUGUGACUCUGGUCAGUGGAUACCCUGUUUUGACAGCUGUCAUUUCAUCAUAAUAUGGUUGCCUGUCAUCAAGUUAAACACUGGUUACAGGCUCCUACACUAGCUAGACAGUUUGACAUUUCACAUUGGUUUCCCUGUGAUGCAGAAGAAUGGGUGGACAUACAGUCAUAUGAUUACUAAAUUUUCUCAGGUAUAGAGCUCUGCUUGCGCCUGCUUCGCACAUGCUAAUGGAGCUCUGCUAUGAUUGUGUACUUUAAAUAUCUUAAUGAUUCUUAUUGUUGGAAUAAUUGUACAAAUUAUUUAUAUUAAAUUAUUCAAGCUCCACCACACCACUAAACAAGGUUUUAGAACAAAAAGUAUUGUUUUUGCUGUUCAUUGACACAGCAAAACAACUUUACUGGAAUGUAGAAAUAUGCGUGGUAACUUAAUUGAAACUCAAAAAAUUCCAAAAAAUUCAAAAUCAUGAACAGCUUAGUAAAUAAUUAUUUUUUAUCUAUUUCGGAAAGGUAAUAGCCAAUCAGAAAAUACAUGUACCUACCAUAUUCGCAAAAGUAGGUCAUGUCAACAGACAGAAUUAUAACGGUCGAAAUUCAGACGUCUCUCUCUAUCGCCCCCCACAGGUUAUGGGAUGGAGACGUGUGAUUUUUCAGUCUAUUUUAAAAUAGCUUUUAUCAUUGUUUGUCAUCUGAAAUAUCCAGAAGUACACCCCUAGUUAGAUGGGUGCACCACACUAAUUGAGGUUAAAGGAAACUAAUACUGGUGCUGUGCUCUUUAACCAGCUUUGAUCGUGAACUAUAUAAAAAUAACAAAAUUCCUAAAUCUGAUUGGCCAUCAGCUGUCCCCGUUAAGCACUAACAGGGCAGGGUGUAAGACAGUAUAUUUUUCAUGCUUAGUAAGUAAUUGGACAGAAUGCAUCAUCACAUGCAAGCACCUUUUACAGUGCAGCAAGACUCUGAAUAUCUUGUAUUUUUAAUUUUAAAAAGGUAUUAAACAUCACAAACUUUGCUAUAGUUUUUCUGUUAUGAUUAAUUGGUGACAGAACUUUGUGUCGUCCAAUUCGCUCUGUAAUCCUAUUUGUGAUUUAUUAAAACAAACCGGACUCCUGCCACACAGUCAUCUGGUUUAAUUGUCUAAAAUCACUCCCUAAUUGAACUCCUCUCCGUCUAAUUAACCAGCUUUGAGUAAGAGCAUUUUUCUGUUGUUUUCCUUUGCAGACUGUGGCACUGUGGUUGAAAAACACUAACUAUAGGAAAGAGCAUGGGUGGUGCCUGCUGGGAUUGGAUAUUGAAGCUUAUAUAUACAAAGUCAAGCUGUUCCAAAAGAGGACAGUGUUUGAGCUUCUUUGGGGAUACACCGAUCCAUUUUUGGAGUUUUUGAAGAAUCCACUAUUUGACUGUCCAGGCCAAAAAGGAUUGUCAUCUUUUGUUCAGUUGCAGGUUCGUGGUGGUGUAAAAAAAACAACAUGUUUUUGUAUUAUCAUUAUUUUGUACUGCUGUGUUUACAGAAAGCCUGGGGGGGGGGGGGGGGGGUUGGGUUUUGGCAGGGGGGUAUACUUCCUAUAAUGGCCUAUAUGGGGAGGUUCCAACCUAGAUAAAAGCGGUACCAUGUCCAGGCUUCAGAACAUGAAAGGGAAAGGUAUUUCUCCAGUUGAAGUAGACAUGUUUGAAAGGGUAGAGAAUUCUGUCAUUUUGGUCUGUCAAAGGGCCCAAAAAGAACAAACAGAUGCACUUUAUGUCUGUGACAGACAAGUAUAGAGUGCAUUGACAGGGGUUGGACCUCGGGGAGGAGCCUCCCCAUAUAAAACAUUUAUGCUAUGUCAGAAAAUACCCUGAAACAAGGAACUUAUGAAAAUUUUCAAAUGUGACAGGGUUACUGAAGGUUGUAGAAAAAUGGAAAAGUUUGUGGGAAAAAAGUCAAGGAUUUUAUCACAGAUAAUAAACAAAUUGAAUUUGUUUGAGUUAAACCUCAUUUGUAUUUUUCAGUAUAAUAAUACAUACUAUGGCAUCAGUGCUGUUCACACUGGACAAGUUAAAAUAAGCAAAUUGGAGCAAUAUACCAUGUGGAGAGGACAAUCGUAAGUAUUUACCCAGGGAAGGUACUCAAUUCAACUCACAAUCCACUGUAAAAUUUUCAUACUCUGUAAAACUGCAGCAAAAACCAGAGCCAAAGAAGUGCAAUGCCUUAGAACUUUGCCCAAGAAAAGUGCUUGGAAAAGUCAAUUGUUGAAAUUUUUGCUUAAAAGGUUUUUUUACCCCUUAAAUUUCAAGAAAUCAGUAUUGAAUUUCAUUUUAUUCUGCAGUCAUUUAUAUUGGUGGAGUGACAAAUAUGCAAACAUGAUCAAUGGCUCAGGUAUGUUUACAGUGCAGAUAAAAAACUGAUAAUUCAGUGAUUUUAAGUUUUAUGUAAUUUAAUUAGGUUAAAUCGGGUGUGAAAAACUCACAACUCUUACACCAUGGAAAAAUCAACUGAAUUUGCAAGAUAUCUGACCAAUGUGGUAGGCUAAGCUACAAAUGGGAUUAUUGUGCAGGUGCUCUUUUUUGGGGGGGUGGGGGGGGGGGGGGGAGAGACACGGUUAUUGGUAGGCAGCCAAUGUACUUUUUAUGGUGAGCAUUUGUAAUUGCAGGAAUUUCUCCCUCUGCCCCCCCUCCCUCUAUCUCCCCUCUUUCUUCCCCCUCCUCUCCUUUUUUUUCUAGGAUUAAGCUGUAGUUUGUAUUAUCAGGGUGUCUUAAAACUGUUGAGGGUUUCUUAAGGCAUGAGUUGACAGUAAAGUGACAGCAAUGGACCAAACGAAUCUUUUUCUGAACACUCUAAUGGAGCCAAAACCAAGUACAGAAUUGCACGCAUUGUAGGUGAUAAGCAUGUAUACAUGAUCAUGUAUAGGCUCUUUCCCUUCAAUAAUGAUUGUGAAAAGAUUACAAAAACCAAGCUUGUGACUCAUUAUUUGAUUGCAGAUGGUACUCAGUUUGCUCCAAGAGUUUCUAAAGAUGCUGUGUUGUAUGCAUAUUCACCUGAAAUAUGCAGGUAUGAUUAUAAGUGUGCCUUGGAGAAUUGGCCAUAGUUUAUGAUCAGUGGUGUUGCACGUGUUGCAUUUUAAAUUCGAGCCAACGAGCUGAUAAGGGUUGAAAAACCUUGAGAAAUCAGAAGUACGCCUAAUUUGCCAAACUUGGCGUCAUGGUUGCCAGCCAAGGAAAGUUUCAUGGAAAAUUACUGUAUGUACACUAAGGCCCGUGUCAUUAGCAUUAGGCUACCUGUUUGUGAAGUUUGACCUUUGCCCCCGACCUUAGCAGUUAAAGACGUCAAACUCUUUCACCGUAGCAUGUUACGAGUUUAGUAUCAUCAAUUUAGGACAGAGUCUCCUCUGUAGUUUCUGAGUCAAGUUUAAGAACUAUUGUUUUGUUUUUUUUGUUGUGACAGAUCCGUCUAUUUUACCUACGAGUCCACUGUGAAGGUCAAAGGCAUCAAACUUUACCGAUUUAUUGCUCCCAAAGAGCUUUAUCUCAGCGGUGACGUGUAUGAAGCCAACAAAGGAUUCUGUGUACCUUCAAAUAGCUGUUUGCCAACUGGUUUGCUCGACAUCAGCCGAUGUCAACCACAAAGUAAGUUAUCAUUAUUGGCUCUCUUCAUAAUAAAGUCGCUCCGAGAAAACUCCGAGAUUUUCUGCCCCAGCCUCGUUCCCAGGUUCUCUCUCUUCCCGUCGGCGUCCUCUUGGAGUCCUGGGAACGAGAAAGACGAGGGAACGUGCUAUUGGUAGUUUGGUAGUUGGGUUUGUGGGUGGGUGAUGUACGUGAUUUUUAUACAGACGAACAUGUAUAUAUUGUUGGGAGGUAGGGGGCGAAGAGGUUUAAGCCGUCUAUUCAGCCAUCACGUCAUUUUCAGUUAAAAGUUUGUAUUUGGAAGCUCUAGCAAUGACGACGGCAGCUGCCUUUUGUAUUUUUCUUUUUGGUCACGGCGGAGUAGAUCGAGUUCACGUGUGAGGGGCGAGCGGCUUGCCGCGAGGAACCAGAGCGGAAACCCGAGCGAAUAAAAAAUAAAAACAAAAAGUCGUUUUUCCUCUCUCCGCCCUAAUCACUCCUCCUUUCUACCAUAAUUUCCAUAAUUUUACUUUUCCACUCGCUGUUCAUGGCUCCCGUUCUAUUGCACAACUAAGAUUAUACUCUCUGGCUUUCAGAUCCACCUGUUAUUAUUUCGCCACCACAUUUUUAUCAAGGAAACAAGAGUUUGGUAGAAGCAGUUCACGGUCUCGACCCGCAGAAGAGUCUACAUGAAACGUUUGUCGACGUGGAGCCGGUAAGUAACAAAUCUGUAAACUGAAUGAAAAGGAGGGAUGGUCUUCAUAACUCUGCUAAAAUCUUGUCAUGGGUCGGUAAAUUAUUGGUCUACUUCGAAGCCGUUAUUAGGGUCGUGACGCGACCGUAAUAACGGCUGCGAAGGAUACUAGCAAAUUGUGUGCUGCAACCUGAUUGUAAUUGUAAAUUGUUGGUAAUUUGUGUAACUUAGGAAUUCUCAGAACUUGUUUAAUUGUGUCCUUGCGAUGCUUCCAGAUCGAAUUGGAGUUUGAAAAUGUUGCUUUCUUAAGGAGAGGCUAAAACUGGAGUAACCUGAGAAAAACUUCUUGGAGUAAGGGAGAGACCCAACAAUAAACUCAACCCACAUAUGGCGUCGGCGCCGGAAUUUGAACCCGGGCCACAUUGGUGGGAGGCGAGUGCUCUCACCAGUGCCCCACCCUUACUCUCCAAACGCGAAAGGUGGAAGAUGAUGAUACAAGAAUUAUCUACCACAAGUUACAAUCAGUUCAAUACUGAAAAUGUAAUAGACAGGAGAAGUCGUUACGUCACGUUGCCAUGGUAGCAAAAUUUCUGAAUGACGAAGCGAAAACGUAACUUAAAAAGUGAAUUCACACUGUUUCAAAUUUCAUCGAUCUUGCUCAAUUUCAUUUAAUUUGUAAAAUCUUGGCGAAAGAACCUUAUCUGAGUUUAGUGAAAGAAAAAGAAAAUUCUUGUGUUGUGUUCGCCUACUCCAUAGAGCCGUCGCGUGAAAUUAGGAAGUUUCAAGUCGUUGUUAAGAAAUGUACAAAAAAGCGUGAUGCACGUGCAAAGUUGUUGUUUUGCUAAUACAAACCGAUUGCUUUUUUUGCCGUUCUCGUUGCCGUCGCGUGCCGUCGUUGUUGCGUAAGCUCCCCAUUGUUGUGAUCCAGAAAUGUUGCUUCCAUGGUAACGUGACGUCACACCUCUUCUCUAUUGACCAAUCCACGUCACUAAACUGAAUGUAAUUACUGUGUUUUGACACUGGAUAAUAAAUUGUGAUUUAUUCAUUUUGUUUUUACUCCAUUAGAUUACAGGAACGGUCAUGCGUGCUGCUAAACGAAUUCAAAUCAAUGUUGCCUUGGAGUCUGUAGAUACUUUAACGUGAGUAAAAACCCGCAUGUACGAGGCGUGUGUAUUGAAAAUGAUGAAAUCGCGGAUGUCAGUUUUGAAAUCGGUGAUCUAAUACAAAUCAUCUUAACCCUUUAAGCCCCAAUAUCCACAUACCAAUUUUCGGUAUACUGUGUUUGAUAAAAGAUUAAAGCAUUUUCUCUUUGGUAAUCAUUAAAUUAAGUCCCAUAACCCUUUCUCUAAAUUGUGUUUUGAUAUUUUUAGAAGAAAAAUUUUACUGGAGAUCGACGUAAAACACCUCAAAAUGUUGUCGUCAUAGCUAUUCGCGUGGUGUAUCACACAUAGCUUCAGUUCGAGAUUAAAGUGAGAGCAAAAACGUAUACAGAUAUGCGCUUUCUUUGGCUUAGCAUGGCAACGCUCACGGAAUCAGACACACGAGACAACGGAAGUCCCGCGUUUUAGUGUUGACGUUCAUAAACAAAGUUGUUCGAAAACUCUGACGGCAUGGCUACACGAUCAGGCACGGUAUAAUGACGAGAGUAAAACUGCAGUAACAGACGAAAGUAUCGUACACACAUCUGGGAAAUAUACUUAUCCCCAUAAUUAUUUGCGUUAAUGCAUUUCCAUCUCUUGGUAUGGAGGCUCGAAAACGAUUCAAAAACGCCUUUGUGGAUGCGGAGCUCUUUAUGCUCUUUUGCUGAAAAAAAAGGGCGUGUUAACGAAAGAGUGUUGGUGUAGAGAGUACCUAAGCCUUCAAUAGAGUACCAUGGCAUGGUAUUUUUUGCAAAGGAUAGCUUCCAUGCAAUCGUAGACCAACCUAACUGCAUUCGAUUUUCUUUCUCUUUUUACAGGCAAACGACUGGCAAAUUUCAACCCGUGUUUCUCCCAGUUAUGUUCGCUGCUGAGGUAGGAUACGUUUAGUUGCAUGCGGAGUAGUGAAUAUUUUCUAUGCAUCUUAACCAAUUUCCACACUUAAUUUGUGGUAAUAAACAGAAUUCCUUUUAAUUUAUUUUGCCUUUGAUGAUCGUUCUCUUUAUUCAUCAUACAGUCGAAUUUCUCUGACACCCAUGUGUCCGUCUCAGACAGAUGUCAGUGUUAUAGAGAGUCUCCUAAAAAGAGUGAAUAAAGGCAGCUAGGGGUCAACUCUAGCUGUCUGUUUCAGCGAGGUGUUCGUCUUGCAGAGGUGUCCGUUAAGAGAGAGCUGACCGUAUUCCUAAGAUUUUGGUCCCUGAUAUAAUUAUAGUGUUUUUAUGAGUAGUGAUAUGUAAACCGCUCGUGUGAAGCCUGCGAACAAGUAUUCUCUGGACCUGGCCGUUUUCCAGUGGAAAAGGCUCUAGUUGACCAAAUACAGUGAUGUCUAUGAGAUUUCCCACAUCAGAAACUAUAGGGAGAAAGAGUGCAUGCUUUUGGUUGCAGUGAUUUCUGGGAUAUCCCUGAGAAACAAGCCUUAUAUUAGUUAUGACUGGUCCAUCGUAAGUAACGCUUGUCCGUCCAAACGGUCCCAGAAGUGGUUGCGAUGCCGAAAGUUUGUACCCUUUCCCCUUACGGUUUCUGAAGUGUGGAAUUGCCGACCUUAUUUUAUUGUGUGUGCGGACUCACAGGCGCUCGGUGCCAAUGCGUGCUGCCAGUCUAUUUGCGCUUGAAUAAGGAGCUUGAUCGCAGGCUCGCCCGUGUGUAGCAAGCAUACAGGUGACUAUUUAUCUCAUAUAUUCAAGGGGAAAUGCUAUUACUGACGUCCACGUGUUUUGUGUUUGCAGACUGCUCAAGGGGAAAUGUUAUUACUGACGUCUACGCGUUUUUUUUUUUUUACAGACUGCAAUGAUCAGUGAUGAGAAAGCAACAGAGUUUAAAGAUAAAGUUUACCGCGCGAUUACAAUAGCAUAUGCGAUUGAGUAUCUUCUCAUAGCCUUGGGUUCCCUGUUAAUUAUUGUAGCCAUAGUCUUGGUGAUACUUUCAAAGAAAAAAGGCUUUGAGGUGAGUCUAAUUGAUACGUAAACCCUAACCUGUAUCCCGGAAUGGAAGGACUCCAAUUUCAAAGGGGUGGUUCGUGAAGAUGUUCUUUGUGUCUUAAGUAUGUGUGUAACUUUGCAGUUUUUGAUAUCACGUCGUGAGCACUUUAGGAGCAGGAGUGGUUUUUAUCUCAUCGCUCAAAGUUCUGUUGAUUAAACCCAAACAUAAAUUACCGCACGUUUUAACACUUGCUACAGAACGAACUGUUCUUUGUAAGGUCUUCUAUGUAAAGUUGUCUACCGUUGUUCCUUACUUUUUUAGGUUGGCAACAGUGAGGAAAGGAGACCCAUUAAUGGAGGGUAUGUAGUUAAGAACUUUGGUAAUUAA